AUGAUGUUUAUUAUUAAUUGGAUUAAAAGGACUUUGCAGUCCCUGGGUUUAUUAAAUAAAGACGCGAGAAUCGUGUUUCUCGGUCUAGACAAUGCGGGAAAGACGACCCUGCUUCGAAUGCUGAAGGACAACAGAGUGGCAGUACACACUCCCACACUUCACCCUCACUCGGAGCAGCUGAGCCUCGAGAAGGUCAACAUCACGGCCUUCGACCUGGGAGGCCACGAAACAGCCAGAAGAGUCUGGAAGCAGUACUGCGGAAACGUGGACGGAAUAGUCUUCAUCGUAGACGCAAGCGAUAGAUCGCGUUUCGGAGAGUCGAACGAGGAGUUGAGGUCCCUGCUCUCCGACGAGGAGCUCCUGAGGAAGCCCUUUGUAGUGCUCGGCAACAAGAUCGACAACCGUGGAGCAGCCUCGGAAGAAGAGCUCAGAACGGCUCUAAACCUCUUCGCAAGCGACACGUACGGAAAGUGUGUCAAAUCGGGCCGCGGAAGGCCUGUCGAGCUAUUCAUGUGUAGUAUUAUUAAAAAGCAGGGGUACGCGGAGGCGCUGAAGUGGCUGUCUCACUUCUUGCAGGACGCCAAGUAG